AUACUCCCUACACCAAUUCCAAGGAUAUCAAAUUCAUCCCAAGAAAGUAAACACGACCCCAAAGCACCAAGGCGAAGGAUACGUAAUCCUCUCCACCAUCAGCACCACGCUCACGCUCACCUACUAAACAAAUAAUAACUAUGCGAACUCAACACCAAUACGAAUCCCCCAACUUGAAGUAGACAAUGCAUCAACCCCAGAAGCCAGGCAAGAUUCAGACAUCGAACAGAGCCGCUCGGCAACAGGAAUCCAGUCACCAAGAAGGGGUGGAGCUAUGGAUCCCGCAACGGCAACGACAAACGCAUAAAUCCCUCGAAAAGAGAACAUGGUGGUUCAAAUUCCAUAGAGCCUCACGCAACCGCGCUUACACAACAUCACCCAGACCCGCCGCGGGAUCCAUGCCCCAGCAUCCACCACACAAGCAGCAACAACAACCACCUAGGUACUGCAUUUCUCGCGGAUACUUGACCCCCUACGGGCGAAAUCUGACGGUUCGUCACGCCACUCAUGCUUACGGUUUCCGACGCUUGUUAUUGGCCAAUGAUAUUAUCAGUUUUAUCGUCUAUAAUCCGGCUGCGCUGCCGGCGUUGCAGCCAACCCAUCCGUCAUGCGUGCACAGCCACACGGCACGUUGA